AUGGCGAGUUUCUGGUCCUUACUAACGCUGUACGCCGGACUUGUGUUCCUGCAGCUCGCACAAGCGCAAGCAACUUGCAACCUGAGUCCUCGCAUCGCCGAGCAGCUGCGGUCGCUGCUGUCGCCCAGGUCUGAAGUUGUCUUGACGUCAAAUGCCUCGUUUGCGACCGACUUUGUACAACGCUUUUCGGUCAACAGGGCGCCGUCCUUUGUGGUCGCCGUGAAGCCCGCCUCGGCAGCAGACGUGGGCCGGGUGGUGCGAUACGCGUCACAGAAUAAUGUACCCUUUCUCGCUACUGGUGGUGGCCACGGCUACACGUGGUCCCUGAGCCGGCUGCAGUGCGGCAUCGACCUGGACCUGAGCAGCUUCGACUCCAUCGCGAUUGACAAUGCCGCCAACACCAUGACGAUUGGCGGCUCGGCUCUCAGCGAUAAUGUCACGAGGGCUUUGUAUGCCGCUGGCAAGGAGUUGCCAGUGGGAAUGUGCACCUGCGUUGGCUUUACAGGCUUCACUCUUGGUGGGGGCAUCGGCCCCUAUUCCGGGCUCUACGGAGCUGCAUCAGACUCCUUGAUCUCAGCCGAGCUGGUAACAGGCACCGGGCAGCUACUCACUGUGUCCAAGACGCAGCACCCGGAUCUAUUCUGGGGGCUCAAGGGUGCCGGGUUUAACUAUGGCGUCGCAACGGCUCUCACCUUUCGCGUCUACCCGGCAACCAACGGCGGCCAGGCCGUCGUGACCAACAUGAUCUUCCCUGGCGCUCUCAACGGUACCGUGUGGCAGGUCCUGAGCGCCUUCUUUGGCAACCAGCCCAAGGAGCUCGGCCUUGCCCUGUCGGUUGGAUACCAGGAGCAGCGCGGCGGCAUGGUGAUUAUCGUUGGUUUUGUCUAUGCCGGGCCCGAGGCCGAGUCAACGGCGCUGCUUAAGCCGUUCCUCGACCUGAAUCCCCUGAAUCUGCAGAUACUAAACACUCCCUGGGAGGAUGUCCCUGAAGUGAUUGUGUACGGCGCCACGCGGGCGGGCUGUCAGAAGGGCGCCCAGUUUGUCCCGUACUCGGUCAAUCUGUACAAGGUUGACGUGCCGAACCUCAUCAAUGUUGUGGGCUACAUGCAAACCACUCUGGCCGCCAACGCGACGUUGCGGAGUGCGAUUGUGACAUGGGCGCAAUAUGCGCCGUAUGGGUUUCAGCGAUACGCUGAUGAUUCAUCGGCAUUUCCCUACCGCGCCGCGACGGCCUUUGUACAAAUCAAUGCCUUCUCACCCAGCGCAGAGCAGGUGCCCGCACUUGAUGGCUUCGCCAGGGAGCUGCGCGAUCGGUUCCAGCGAGGCAGCGGAAGCAGGUCGCUGGAGACGUACGUUCAUUUCGGCCACGGAGACGAGACGCCCGCCGCGUGGUACUCGGCGCGCAAGCUGCCCCGGUUGCAAGAGCUGAAGCGUGUCUAUGAUCCGAAAUCGCUGUUUUCGUGGUAUAAUGCGGUGCCGGUGAGGCGUGACUACUGGUAA